AUGGUCGCCGUACGUAGUGACUUAGUUCAUUCCGCCGUUAAAUUUUUGCAACAUCCUACUUUACAGAACACAUCUCUUGAUAAAAGACUGGAUUUCUUAGCGUCUAAAGGCCUGACUAUAGAAGAGAUAAACGAGGCCUUACGGUUAAUAAUAGAUAGGGAUGCUUUAGUGACGCAUAUCGAGUUGUCUGCGAAAAGGCCAGAUGUACAUCAACCAGUUCACCAAUUGCUGCAUGUUCGACCAAGAACGGACUGGCGAAACUUAUUUUUGAAUGUAAUUAUUGUGGGCGGAUUAGGACAUGCUAUCAUAUCUAUGACAAAGGAAUAUAUAGGAUCCCUGUUUAGCCCAACUAUAACGGAUCAAUUAGUGCGUGAGGAGCAGCAUAAUCAGUUUGCGAUUGCUUCUGAUAAGUUGGACGCUGUGAAGCAUGAUACUCAAUUGAUUCGAAAGUAUGUAGAAGAGCAAAGCGUGGGCAUGAGGGAAACAUUGAUUGCAUUGGAGAAAUUGUUAAGAGGACUCCAAGCCAACGACAUCGAGAGAGACAAGGAUCUUGGAGUGCUUAAGGAAGAAGUAGAGGCCGUCGGAGAAUUGGUUCUCAAGCUGCUGGAUAAUAUAAAGACAAGUCAAACACAACAGCUAGCUGAGCUAAGUCAGGAACUGCAGUCUUUGAAAACAUUGGCCAUCAAUCGUUAUGCAAGUCUCUUUGCCACAUCACCAUCUUCGCCCAAAAUCACAAUACCAAGAACGAACAGAAGGGUCUCGUUUGGACCGUCAGCAUCAAGUACAUCGAGUAUAUCGCCAAUAUUAACUUCAAUUCCAAACAAAGUAGAUAGCGGUCAACCAGUGACAUCAGCAUGGCAAAUGGGUACGAACCAACUUAUUACCUAA